UAUAUUCUUGUUUUCUCCAUCAGUGACUGCAAGCGACAGUGUCGGCGUGGAGUUGUUUUCUCUCCAGACACUGCGAGAGAAAAUCAGCCUGCCGAAAAGAGAAUCGCGAGCAUUUAUAAAUCAGCGACAAUACAGUAUCUCGCUGCGAUUUAGCGUCGCGACGGUGGUGUCGUGAACGGAAAUCCAGUGUCGAGAGAGAGAGGGAGAGAGUUGCUUCUUCCCAUGUGCUUGAGUGUGUUUGUGUCAAUGAAUGCACUGUGCUCUACUUACUUAUUGUUACUGCAUGUGUGCUGAUGUCAGCUAGUGUGAGGCAAGAAGGAAAGAAAAAAGAAGAGGAGCAACCCCAGUGUUGGGUGGGACUACACCAAAACACGGAUUGGAUGAACGACUUGGAUACGCUAGCCCGGAAAAAGGCCACGAAGAAAAACUCGUCGUCUUCGUCAGCAUCAGUCAUGACGAUCAAGAACAAGAUGAUGCCUCGUCAUGAGUAG